AUGCGAUCCUUUUCCAUCCUGUCCCGCGGUGGGUUCGGCAGCGGUGGACCAGCCGCUGCCGCUAUGGCGGUCGCUGCAGGCGCGCCGGCAUCAGCAACGAUAGGCUACUCAGCUUGUGCGAUGCGCUGGCAGUCCUCGCGGUCCUACAACCGCUCCUCUGGCGGUGGUAGAGGAAGCGGCAGUAGCUCUGGGCCGCCUGCGGGUUCUCGUGGCACAGGCGGCUUCGGCAGCCCGCGAGCGCCGCCCGGCCCUGUCCCAGGCGCGAUGAUGAACAGCACAGGUGACGGCGAGCUAAGCGCUGAAACCCGCGCCGCCCUCCGUGACGACUCGAUUGUGAUGACCGAAGUGGUCAAGCAUAUACCGCCCACGGGAGCUAUCUCCAUCAAGUCCCUCUUCUCUGCCAUUGACGAGAACAUACAAGAAGCGCUCAGCGAGCGGCACGGUGGGCUGCGGGGCUUCCUCGAACAACGCAAGCAGUUCUUUGUUCUACACAACAACCCCGAGGACGGCGUCCUCUACGUGAUUGGCAACCCCAUCGUCAUUCAGCAGUACGCCACACGCGAUGCGCAGCGCAAAACAAUGCGUCGGAUGAUGGGGCUCGACGACGCCGACCGCCAGCAGCAGCAGCGUCGUCCGGGAGGCAGCUUUUGGAGCAACCGCGGACGUGGCGGCCGUGGUGGUGGCGACCGCCGGCAUCAGGGUCCCCCAUCGUCCUCAGGGCCUUCACGGCCUCCCCCGCAGCAGUACCGCAACGAGGGCGGCAGCGGAUACUAUGGAGGAGGAGAUGGGCGCCGCGGUCCCCCACCGCAGCGCGAUGAUCGCCGCGGAUACGGCGGCAGCAAUGGAAGUCGCGGAGGCGGUGAUGGUGCACCCCGUCGAGGCGGGCCGAUGGGUAGUCGCAAUCAGUCCUUCGGCACUCGCUAG